AUGGGGUCAGUCGGCAGAUCGCAGGACAAUUCAAGGCUGGCCGUUCUGGUCGUGUCCAUUACCAUCUUUGUCCUGGCCAGUAUUUUCGUUGCCCUUCGCUUUGUAUGCAGGGUUUUCGUAGUCAGAAGAGUCGAACAACAUGAUUUAUGGAUGCUUCUGGCCUGGGUAAUCGACUUUGCCUUCUCUUUCUCGUUGUUUUAUGCGGUAAAGAAAGGCUUCGGACUUCCAAUCGCCAAUAUCAGCCUGGAGAAUUCGACCAGUGUAACCCGAGCAAUUUAUGCUUUUACUGUGCUUUAUAACCCAGCACUCAUGGCGGUCAAGACGUCAAUUCUCGUCUUUUACAUGACCCUAGUCAAAAGCGAAAAGCUUUUGCGAAUAAUCAACUAUUCUACACUUCUAGUGGUUAAUGUAGCCGGACUAGCAUUGACCCUGAUUACCGCCUUUCGGUGCCAUCCAGUGGAGGCAGCAUAUAACCCUCUACUCUCACCUACAGCUUCCUGCAUAGAUAUCAUCACAUUAUCCUUGUGCAGUGCGCCAGUCAACAUAAUAACGGACAUUGUGAUGCUCCUUAUUCCAUUGCCCAUUUUAACAAAAUUGCGAUUACCACGAAGACAAAAAAUUAUCUUGAUCAUCACAUUCAGCUUUGGUUUCUUUGUGACGGUGGUAGAUGUGGUCCGGAUUGUUUAUCUCCAAUAUGCUGCGACAAACACCCAGAUGGAUCGUCAAUCGAUGGACAUGCGGAAUGCGAAUAAUAUCAAAAUCUCACCGCAUGCUGCAUUGUCAUUCAUGUGGUCUAUCGUCGAGGUCAAUACAUCGGUCAUCUGUGGCUGCGUUCCAAGUCUGAAGCCCCUUGUCGCCCGUAUCGUUCCAAAAGUGAUUGGAGUCUCCGAUAAGGACUCCAAACGAACUUCGGAUGCUCAAUCUGAAUCCCUCGAAAGUCCGGCCAUUGAAUGUCCCCAACCUAAGCCGUCGCCUGUCAGAAUACGACCAGAGCAUCCGCCGUCCGGCAGCAUUGACAUCCAGACCUGCAUUAGUUGUGAUUACAGUGCACGUGGAGCUAUUAGAGGCACAAAUAGAACUAUCUCACCUGUCUCCAGUCCAUCAAGAGUUCAGUUUUUCGACUUUGUGAACACAAGACAGCCAGUGAAUAUGCUGAAUCUCAGCAACAAAGAAUCGAUUGUUCCAGUGGCGAUAGUUACGAUCAUUUUUUUCCUCUGGGGAUUUUCCUAUGGCCUUCUCGGGACAUUAACAGGCCAGCUUCAAACCACUCUCAAACUCGAUGGAUGGAAAUCCUUGGGAAUCCACGCCGCUUACUUUGGUGGGUAUACUGUUAGCCCGCUCCUCAUUGGUCGGACAGUCUUGAAGAAAGGGGGCUACAAACCGACCUUUAUCACGGGCCUUUUCAUUUACGCCUGUGGGGCUUUAAUAUUUUGGCCCUCUGCUGUUUUAACCUCCUACCCAGCGUUCACCAUCUCUAACUUUAUUGUGGGCUCCGGAUUGAGCGUCUUGGAGACUGCAGCUAAUUCUUUCGUUGUUCUCUGUGGUCCACUGGAGAAUGCCGAAAUCCGCUUGAGUAUCACACAAGGCGUCCAGGCUAUUGCAACUGUUUUCUCGACGCUGCUUGCAAAGAAGGUCUUCUUCACAACGGUUAGUAUCUCGUCGAUAAUUAAUGUCCAAUGGACAUAUCUCAGCAUUGCUCUUUUCGAUGCGAUUCUCGCUCUCAUACUCUACUAUCUGCCUAUUCCCGAAGCCCCAGACGAGAGCCUAGAAGCACGGAAUCGUCAUCAAGAUGGUACUUCGAAACAGGUAUUAGGGCUGCCUAUAAUCUGGGUAACUCUAGCCUUGGGUUUUAGCUCUCAAUAUCUGUAUGUCGCCAGUCAAGAGAUAUUCUCAACGAGUUUUGACUCUCUUGUGCAGACCACUUAUCCUAGGUCCAGGAUAAGCUCCUUCGACUACAUGACUAUUGGCCACGCUCUCUUUGCCGUUGGCCGCUUUCUAACCGCUCUGACAUUAUGUUUCCUAAAACCACGAUACGUUCUCAUGAUAGCAUACAUUGGAAUGAUCGUCUUCACUAUCAUCUGCAUGAAGACAUCUUCUGUGACAGCUAUUGCUAUGGCUCUUAUGAUAUAUCUCUUCGAGAGCGGCGCAUUCAGCAUCAUCUUCGCGAUAUCACUUCGUGGAAUGGGGCGACACACAAAAACAGCAGCCUCUCUGCAGGCUACUGCUGUUGGUGGAGGUGCAUUCCUCCCCUUUGCACAAUACGCAGUCUCCUUGUCCCACGGCACAUCUUACUCCUACGCAGUCCUGGUCGCGACCUUUAGUGCUGGUGCCAUCUUUCCUUUGUAUCUCAACUUGGUACCUGCGGCCAAGAGACAGGUUGAUCCAGUACCACAUGAGCAUUUCGGGAAUUCUCAUCGCCGACACCAUAUGAAUCAGAAGUCUGUCUGUUGAGGGGAGACUAGGGAGGAUUUGUCGUCUGCUAGAGUUCUAUUAGGCCAUGUAAAGUGGUAUUGGACCCGGUACUUGCAACUUGGCCUUUGAUGCUAGAAGUCGUCUCACAGAUGCGGUCGUAUUUAAUCUAGGUCUAUGUAACCAUAAUCGCAGAAAUAUUAACUACAUUACAG